CAUUGCUGUGUUGCUGAGAUCACGGUUUCCUGUGCCGGGAUUCUUUCUAGUUAUGGUGCCAUUGAUCGUGAUGCUCACAAUGGGGCUUGCACUUGUGGGAGCUAACAAGCUGGAAAGCAGGAGAUUGAUGGCUACACCAAAGUGGUUCAGAGAAAAAGUUCGCCAUAAUGACAACUGGGAAAAUAUUAAAUCAUGCAUCUACAAUACUGGAACAUGCGAUGAUUUGGUGUCCAGGUCGUUGAAUCUCAAAGCAUUUGAUUUCAGUAUCAAGAAAUUAUCAUCCAUAGAGGCUGGAUGUUGCAAACCACCAUCAAUAUGUCAAAUGGAGUACGUGAAUGCCACAUUUUGGACAAAAGUUGAAGGGGCUGUGGAUGAAUCACAACAGCAAUAUAGCGACUGUGCUACAUGGCAGAACGACCAAAAGAUCUUGUGUUACAACUGUGGAUCUUGUAGACAUGGUUUUGUGAGAGUAAUGGAAAGCAAAUGGAGGAAUCUUGGCGUCCUACUCAUCUUGAUGGGCUUACUUCUUAUUAUUGCUCAUAUAUCAUUAUUCGUUAUGGUUAUGUGGGAGCACUACAAUUGAUGAAAAUUAAGACUGCAAAUUACUAAUCUGUCUCCACCAUUUCAAGAAAGAGAGGUGUUUCCUUAUUGUGCAGACCGAUCAUUUUCAAGAAAAGGGUAAGCUUUUUUUUUUUUUAAUCUUUUCAAAAUAAUUAUUGUGUAAUAAGGAUGCUUUUCUUCAUUUGUAAUUUUGUUUUCGUUUUAUGGUCUUGGUCACCUAUGCGUGUGUGAUCUUUCUUUUCUAAAUUGUUGUUAUUUUUAAAUUUUUUGUUCUAUGGUUUGAAUUAGCACGUAUUCGGGGAGUUUUUUUAGCAAUAAGAGAGCACAUUAUUUUCUACAACAAGCUUCACUCAAUCCCACCCAAAAAAAAUAAAAGACAACUCGGAU